AAAAAAAAAAGUGGGCAGUUAGACUUUAAAAACUUAAAAAAAAACCUAAAGUCCUAAAAUUGUGAUUGGUAAAUAUUUGGCUUUUAAGACUUUAAAAAAAAUCUAAAGCCCUUAAAGUCUCUUCCAAUCACCCCCUAUACUGAACAUAAUUUCUUUGUAAUUUUGUAAACAAUUUUUUUUAAAAUCAGAUAUAUGAAAGUUUACCUCCUUUCGUAUAUAUGAUUUGGGUAUAGUUUCAAUCAUUAGUUAUGAUUUUAAGAAAACUAGAUACUUACAUAGGUUUAAUAUAUAUAAUCUUACUAACUUUUCAAAAAGUUUUUUUUUUUUUUUGUCCAAAUUGGGACCAGAAAUUUAUUAUUCUUAUUUUACUACUUAUUUAGACAUCCAUUGAGAAAAAUAUUGAUAGUUUAUUAAUUUAAAGAUAUUUUACUACCAAAGUUAUUAUUUUGGCAGUUUUUCGUUUCACUAAAUAUUAAAAUGAUAUCUAAUUACUACUAAAGUUAUUUUGUUUUAUAUUAAAUAAUUAAAUAUGUCUCCAAAAAAAGAUUAUUCUAGAUCUGCCAGUAUAAUGAGAUCUAACUUUUAAUAAGAAGAUUUUUUCAUGCACCCAACUUUAAUUUUAAUAAUAAGGCUUUUCUUUCUUAGCACUUCUUUGAUUAAUAUUACACAAUACCUUCCCCUUACAUAUUCCAUCUCUAGUGAAAUCUAUAAGUUUUUGAAAGAAGUGAUUAUUCAAAACAUGGCUUCUAGUAGUGGCAUUGCAUGUAGAAACACUAAAAUAGUUUACCCUACAGGAAUUCACAAGGCCACUAUAGUCUGGCUUCACGACAUCGGGCAGAAAGGCUUCGACUCAACUAAGUUUGUACGUAAAUUGAAUCUUCCAAAUGUAAAAUGGAUUUGUCCGGUCGCUCCAAAACGUCCCGUUACUUCCUGGGGUGGAAUUGAAACUACUGCUUGGUGCGAUGUCACAGAAAUUUCUGAGAAUAUGGAAGAUGAUUUGGUUUCCUUAAACUCAAUAGCUGCAUUUGUAAUUAACCUUUUGCGUGACGAACCAGAAAAUGUCAAGAUAGGACUAGGAGGUAUCGGCUUGGGUGCAGCAGUAGCUCUCUACUUGGCGACUUUUUAUAUCACUGGACGAAAAAUCAGAAACCUAAGUUUUAUUGUAGGGAUCAACGGCUGGCUUCCUGCUUGGAGAAACUUACUUCACAAUCUCUCAUUUGAUUAUGGGUCCCCAAGUCUUGCUCCAUCAGUAUCAAUCUUACUAACACAUGGAACUUCUGAUGAUAUAGUUCCCUUCCCACUCGGACGCAAAAGUUCCGACACUCUUCGCAUGGCUGGAUUUCCAGUCACGUUCAUACCAAACGAAGGGGAUCAUCUUCCAAUUGUUCCCCAAGUAAUCAAUGAUGUUCGCUUAUGGAUCGCAACAAAACUCCAACCCUAGGGUCAAUGCUCAACACUGCAUAGAGAAAGGAAUUGGGGAGCAAACCUAUCAUGUAAUAUAUAUUAUAAAAUAUUUUAUUUUUAUUA